AUGGCGAUGAACCGAAUGCGGAGCGCCUUCGCGCCUCCUCGGAAGGGCGAAACUUUUGAACUUAGGGCAGGGCUCGUAUCGCAAUAUGCUUAUGAACGGAAAGAGGCAAUACAGAAAACCAUCAUGGCCAUGACAUUGGGCAAAGAUGUCUCACAGCUGUUUCCAGAUGUCCUGAAGAACAUCGCGACGGCAGAUCUGGAUCAGAAGAAGCUGGUCUACCUAUAUUUAAUGAAUUACGCAAAGUCCCAUCCCGAUCUCUGUAUUCUCGCGGUCAACACUUUCGUCCAGGACUCAGAGGACCCGAAUCCCCUCAUUCGAGCACUGGCCAUUCGAACUAUGGGCUGUAUACGAGUUGACAAGAUGAUCGACUACAUGGAAGAGCCUCUACGGAAGACAUUGCGAGAUGAAUCCCCUUACGUUCGCAAAACAGCCGCCAUAUGUGUGGCCAAAUUGUUUGACUUGAACCCUGCGAUGUGUCUCGAAAACGGGUUUCUUGAGAUCUUACAAGAGAUGAUCGGCGAUCCUAAUCCUAUGGUGGUGGCCAAUUCCGUUCAAGCCCUGUCUGAAAUUGGGGAAUCUGCACCAGAGACAAAUGCACUCCAAAUUACACCAAAUACCCUGAAGAAGCUUCUGAUGGCGCUCAACGAAUGCACUGAAUGGGGCCGAGUAACCAUUCUCAGCACACUGGCGGACUAUAAAGCGCAGGAUGUCAAGGAAGCAGAACAUAUCUGUGAACGCGUUUCUCCGCAAUUUCAACACGUCAACUCAAGUGUGGUCGUGUCAGCCGUCAAGGCCGUGUUUUUGCACAUGAAAUAUCUCCCAAAUGACGCCCAGAAAUCAUACUUGAAGAAGAUGGCACCGCCGCUUGUCACUUUGGUGUCCUCCGCACCGGAAGUACAGUAUGUGGCGCUGCGAAAUAUCGACCUUUUAUUACAGAAACAACCCGACAUUCUCAGCAAGGAGAUUCGAGUCUUUUUCUGCAAAUACAAUGACCCCCCUUAUCUCAAAUUCCAAAAACUCGAAAUUAUGGUACGAAUCGCUAAUGAGGCUAAUGUCGAUCAGUUAUUGGCUGAAUUGAAAGAAUAUGCCCUCGAAGUGGACAUGGACUUCGUACGACGGGCUGUGAAAGCCAUCGGACAAGUUGCGAUCAAGAUCGAAAGUGCAAGCGAGAGAUGCGUGAAUACUCUCCUUGACUUGAUCAAUACUAAAGUCAACUAUGUCGUACAGGAGGUAAUUGUUGUGAUCAAGGACAUCUUCCGCAAGUAUCCGGGCUACGAGGGUAUUAUUCCGACCCUUUGCAAAUGCAUAGACGAACUCGACGAGCCCAAUGCCAGAGGAUCGCUCAUCUGGAUUGUUGGUGAAUAUGCUGAGAAGAUCAGCAACGCUGGCGAUAUUCUGGGCGGUUUUGUGGAUGGCUUUGCGGAAGAAUUCACUCAGACACAACUACAAAUAUUGACUGCCGUGGUAAAACUGUUCCUGAAACGACCACAAGCUGCCCAAGGUCUCGUCCAGAAGGUUCUCAAUGCCGCCACAGCUGAGUCCGAUAACCCCGACAUAAGGGACAGGGCAUAUGUCUACUGGCGCCUCCUUUCGAAUACAACCGACCAAAAUGCAGCAAAGAAUAUCAUCCUUUCCGAGAAACCUCCCAUUACUACGACUAUACAGUCUCUACCUCCGGCAUUACUGGAAAGAUUGCUGGGUGAGCUCACGACAUUAGCGUCCGUUUACCACAAGCCUCCCGAGCAAUUCGUUGGCCAAGGCCGCUUUGGCGCCGAUGCUGUGCAGCAAGCUGCCAUUGAAGAGGCAAUGCAGAAUGCUCGAGAAAAUCCAAUAGCAGCAGUGGUGCAAGGCAAGGCUCCGGAAGCUCAAAACAAUAUCGAAAACCUGCUUGACAUCGAUUUUGAUGGUGCUGCUCCGGCAUCCUCGACAGAAAAGCCGUCCAAUGGCCUCUCUGGUCUUGAGGGGCUGGCAGGCACUCCUCAAAGAGUGGCAUCACCAACUGCAGGCCAGCCUGCACCAGCAAACAACAUGGAUGAUCUCCUUGGAGUGUUCGGCAACGGAAGUACAUCAGCUGGCCCAUCCAGUUCUGCGUUUGGUGGAAUGUCAGACAGCGACAUUAUGAAUGGCUUUGCAACGAUGGAUUUGUCCGGAUCUCAACCACCACCACCACAGCAACAGUUGGACAAUGCCAGUGGAAAGAAGACGAACGAAGAUCUUCUCUCGUUAUUCUAG